CCCAGAACUUUUGCCUGUCGCCUGAUUUUUGGGACAGCUCCACACAUCCUAACACCAACUGGGGAAACUAAACAGACCUUUUCAACCAAAUACAACACCACCGCAUUUUUUUACGUUGUCAUGGAGGACCAACUAAAACAUCAUUCUGUUUGCCAUACCUGCUUGAGAACAGACAGCUUCAUAAAUAAGGUCAUAAAGAUGUACUGGUCCAUACGGAUGCCCAUAUGCCUACUGUUUUUAACCCUGUCUGCCUUCGAAGUGGCUUCAGCCGAAACGUUAUGUGGUGGAGAGCUGGUGGACGCGCUACAGUUUGUGUGCGAAGACAGAGGCUUCUAUUUCAGUCGACCAACUAGUAGGUCGAACAGUCGGCGUUCUCAAAAUCGUGGGAUUGUGGAAGAGUGUUGUUUUAGCAGUUGUAACCUAGCUCUACUAGAACAGUACUGCGCUAAACCUGCCAAGUCAGAGAGGGACGUUUCAGCCACAUCCCUACAGGUCAUCCCGGUGAUGCCCGCAUUAAAACAGGAGGUCCCAAGAAAACAUGUGACCGUGAAAUAUUCCAAAUAUGACGUGUGGCAACGGAAGGCCGCCCAGAGGCUACGGAGGGGCGUCCCUGCCAUCCUGCGGGCCAAAAAGUUUAGGCGGCAGGCGGAGAGAAUCAAGGCCCAGGAGCAACUGCACCACCACAGGCCUCUCAUCACUCUUCCCAGCAAGUUGCCGCCCAUCCUUCUUCCCACAGAAAACUACGUCAGCCACAAGUGAAACCAGGAUCAUUUGCACAGAGUCGAUAAAAAAAGACUAGGGGAUCAAAGCUUUUUGUCUCUGACGUCAUUUCUGUGGCAGUCCUCAACAACCCUUCUUCCUUCCCCACCAAACGUGCUCACACGCUCUUCAAGUUUCUAUUCUUCCUGUUUCGUUCACCAACAAAAAGGCACAUCAUCAAUGAGAGGAACACAAUUCAGGUGAAGAAGCAAAAGAAAGAGCGAAGAAGUUGCGGAACGUCGAACGUUUCGCCAGUUUGGAGGACAUCAGAACGCGAGGAACAGCUAGAGCUAGCAUGAAAGAACCUAUUCCACUGCAUUCUCCCGAGACAUAAGUAUCUCUCUUUUUUAAAUAUUAGUUUGCACCUGUAACUAUAAAGGGACAUCCACACUGUAAGGAAUUGUUGUAAAAUUAGAUUCCUGUUCCAGCACCUUGUAAUCACAAAUGAAAAGCAGCGAAGAGUCUGCGAAUUGCACAUCGCCACGGAUUACGUCAAAGUUCUUGUUAAGUAAAUAAAAAAGGCACUAUUUUUUUAUGGACUAUGAACGUGUAGCUCAAAAAAUGUCAUGGUGCUAGCUUUGGGAAUGGACUCAAAGGAGAAGGGGUUGAAAAGCAUGUUUUUUUUUCCUUUGAAACUUUAUUAAACUUUCCGUUUUAAGGAAAGUGUGACUUUGGAAAGAGAAAACAAGAGCAUAUUGGCUGCGGGGAUAUCUCUGCGUACGUAAGACACGCGACGUAUGCCUUGGGUGGCGUUGCGAUAAAGGAAGGAGCAAGUGUGGGGACGCUGAAGGGAUCAUGUUCAAAUGCCUGGAUGUGAAGAACUCUUCGAGCGUGGCUGCACAAAACCCCUGCUUUGCACUGCAGGAGGAGGGACAUUGUGACCUUGAAAAAGUGGGAUGUUUGUAUUUUCUAUGUUCUUUUUCGUGAAAAUGCUUCAAGGAAAAAAAGGAAAAAAAAAAGAAAAAAAAAAAAGCCCAGUUUGGUUUCUGGUACCGUGACAUUCUUGUUGUUGCAAAAUAGGCUUUGUGUUUUUGUAACGUUAUUUUACAGUUCUGAAAAAAAAAAGGCACAAAUAUCAAUUCAAAGGGAAAAAACGCAAUAAUGUCAACUAACAUAUAUUUUUAACGUUUAUCCGUAGUAUUCACAUGCUUUUGCCUGAAAACAAAUACUUGAAUAUAUAAAUAUAUAUAUAAAUAUAUAUAGAAUAAAUAUGGAAAUAUAUAUUAUAAUUAGUUUCCAGGGACAUCAUGGUAUAUUCUUUUAGUCUGAGCUGUAUCUUGCGUAAUGAGCCGCCAAGCUUCUUUUUGUUUGUUUGUUUAAGAACAAUUAUGGGCACUGUAUAAAGGCAUUAUUUAUUUUAUUAUAAAAUUAUAUAUUAAAAUCAGUCCAAAUACAGUAAUAUACAUAGCACUGAUGCUCAACUGAUGGAUUUUAUUUUAUAUGCUCUCUCUUUUUUUUUUUUUCCCAUUUUACAUGUAAAUGCUUUUUGUAGAUGCUUUGUACCAAAAAAUAUUUCCUUUUUUCCUUUUGGUUCGCCACAGAGCUAUUUUAAAAUCAAUAUUUUAACAGCAGCUGUAGCCUGGAUUGCUUAGGCAUGUUGUAAUACAAAAAUAGGCACAUACUCAGAAUACUCUCUCUCUCCCUCCCGCAUGGCUUUUUAAUCUGCCAAAUGGAUUUCUGUUUAUAAAAAAACAAAAACAACUACAAAAAAAACUCGAGUUUAACUUUCCUCACGAGGAUCUGGAUAAACCCGGUCUCUAUAUGUCAUGAUUGUACACAAACCCACUACAGUUUAAGUCACUUUAAUGCUGUCUUCAUUGUUGUAUCAUCAUUUUUGUAAGGUAUGCCAUGUUUUUGGGAUUGAGAAGAGCCUGUUCCGGUUGCUGAGUAACUGAACUGCAUCCGUAAGGCAGAGUAAAAUCCAUUAUGAUGUCACAAAGUGUGGACUGUUUAUACUCGCCAUCUUACAAUAAUUUGCCCUAAAUCCUAAUAUUUCCUUUCGAUCAGGGUGGUUUUUCAAGUCCUCCAUGUAUCUUCAUCUCAGUUGUUGAAGGGCUACCAUACUUAUUUACCCUAAUACUCAGGAAAUAUCAGCAGAUUUAUGUGAAAAACCCAAUACACGGCCAUUUUCUUUACACUGUUUCUUGUAUAAGGUCAAAAAAUGAUACUAUAGUAUCGCUUAGUACCUUGAAACUUAAAGGUCUAAGUGCCUGCAGUGUAUCCCUUUGCCUUGAUAAUCCAAUAUUUAUCUGAUUCAUAUCAGUUGUGACGAAACAGUGCAAUUAUUAUAAUUACUAUCAUUAUUUUUAUUAUUAAAACAUCCCAUAUUUCCAGAGACAUUGCCAUUUUUUUCUAUUAUGUUAUCCCUGCAAGGACUGCAAUCACUGUUGUUCUUUCCAAACUGCUUACUCAACUUUCCAUGCGUAAAAGGCGUCGAACACGUCCUUUUGCGCUAAAAAAUGAAGGGAUCUUUUGUCUUUCAUUGGCAACGGUUUAAUAUCAGUAGCCCACGCAGCCUGUGUGUAUUUUAAUUGAUUUAACCUCUGCACGCUAGAACGUCCGAAAUGCACAAUUCAUGUACUUUCAUUUUUAAUAUCAAUAAAAACCAUUUUAUCAAA